AAAGAUAUUUUAGUUACUUCCCCAAUUAAAUGUGGGGGUUCGGUGAGAACGUUAAAAGUUUGGGGUGUCUUAGGAGAAACCCCAAAGUUCAGGGGAGUUUCUGAAAUCAACUGAACGGGAGGAGAAGAUGCAGCAUGAGCUUGCUGGAGAUGUGUUCUUCACAUAAAAGCCCCUCUUACUUUGUAAUAUUACAAUUCGUUUCCGACGCUUUUGAUCCACAAUUGUAGUCGCCACAGAAAUCGGAAGAUGGCGUUUGUUCUUCUACAGCCUUCGUACGUUCCCUUACAAAGGACUGUACCCAAAAAAGCCCAUAAAAGGCCAAUUAAUGUUAUAAAUUGCAGUUUCAAGAACUUGGCUGUCGAUUUUGGGUCCAAAUCUCUCAAGUUUGCGCUCUCGGGCGCACUGGCUCUCGGAAUUGCUCUCUCUGGACUUGAAGCAGUUGAUGCUAAAGUUGGGGUUAAUAAGCCAGAAUUGCUUCCUAAAGAAUUUAGUCCCGUAAUUGAUGUAGCUGGGUUUCUUUCUGCAGGCCAGGAAAACCGACUUCGUCAAGAAAUUGAUGAUCUUGAAAAGGAUACUGGAUUUAAAUUGAGAUUACUUGCACAGAAUUAUCCCGAUACACCCGGGUUAGCUAUCAAAGACUUCUGGCAAGUGGAUGACCGAACUAUUGUUUUCGUUGCAGAUCCAACCUUUGGUAAUAUCUUAAAUUUCAAUGUUGGUGAAUUGGUGGAUUUAGACAUUCCUCGAAGUUUUUGGAGUCGUCUAGCUGGAAAAUACGGGAAUAUGUUUUACUGGAAAGAAAAGGGAGAAGAUGUAUCCAUUGAAGCUGCUGUAAUGGCAAUAUCAAAUUGUUUGAGAGAACCUGUGGGUCCAAAUAACUGCUCCGAGGUCAAGUAAACCAUCAUCAUUUUAUACUUUGUAUAUGAUGUGACUAUAAUGUUUGUGAUACUAAAGCAACCUUGAACAUCUGUUAUAAUUGCUAUAUAUCGUGAUCACGCUUGAAAAAUCAAAAAGAUUAUCAACUUUUUUAUA